UAUUAUUUAUAUUCGCCGGUCGCGGAGCGCCAAACCGGUCUUUGCAGUUGGGCGGCAGGUCGAGGCGGUUGGCUCCGGGCCAGGUUGGUUUCUCUCCAGAUCCUUCGCGGCGCUGUCCUUCUCCCGCCCUCAUGAUGUCCGGCCGAGGGAAAGCUGGCAGUAAGAUCCGGGCCAAGGCCAAAUCCCGCUCCUCCCGGGCUGGCUUGCAGUUUCCCGUGGGCCGGGUGCACCGCCUGCUGCGCAAGGGCAACUACGCGGAGCGGGUGGGCGCCGGCGCCCCCGUCUACUUGGCCGCGGUGCUGGAGUACCUGUCGGCCGAGAUCCUGGAGCUGGCGGGCAACGCAGCCCGGGACAACAAGAAGACGCGCAUCAUCCCCCGCCACCUGCAGUUGGCCAUCCGCAACGACGAGGAGCUCAACAAGCUGCUGGGCGGUGUGACCAUCGCGCAGGGCGGCGUCCUGCCCAACAUCCAGGCCGUGCUGCUGCCCAAGAAGAACCUGGGCUCCAAGAAGUCCCCGUCCGAAUGGACGGCCACGUCUCCAAAUUAGAUUCCACCUGCCAGGAUGUCAUCGCCUUCAGGGGAGCCAGAUGAGGCUACCUUCCUCCAGUAUGCUGAAUUUGACAAGAGGCACCUUCUCAUGCUAUCUUCCUGUGGUUGAUGUUUUGUCCUUCUUUUUGGUGGCCUGUGCCUUUUGAGAUGACCCUGUGAUUGUUGGAGACAAAUUGAUGUUCCUAAAAUCUGAUUAAACUGCUUCAACCAAU